UCCACCCAAUUUCAUCAUCCUACUUUUCUCUUUCUUUUCUUUUCUCACGUUUCAUUACUAAUCUUACUACAUUAUACCUCAUAGCACACAAAAGAAAAAGAAAAACACCCAUUAAUUAAGCUAGUCAUGGCAGCUGCACUCACUGCUGCUGUAUCUAUUCCAGCAUCCAAUUCAUCGUCUCUCCAAACCAGAACUUCAAUUUCCUCCUCGGAACGAAUCAGCUUCAACAAGAGCUGUUUGUACUCUAGGAAUGGCUGUGCCAGCGGAAGGGUGUUUUCUAUCAAAGCCGAGGUUACUACGGACACUACUCCACCUGCCAAAGUAGAGAAGAUUUCAAAGAAGUAUGAAGAAGGUGUUGUUGUCAACAAAUUCAAACCCAAGAACCCUUUCACUGGCAAAGUUCUUCUCAACACCAAGAUCACAGCUGAUGACGCUCCAGGAGAAACCUGGCACAUGGUCUUCCACACAGACGGUGAGGUUCCAUACAGAGAAGGACAAUCUAUUGGUAUUAUUCCAGAGGGUAUUGACAAAAACGGAAAGCCACACAAGCUGAGAUUAUACUCAAUUGCCAGUAGUGCUCUUGGGGAUCUCGGAGACUCCAAAACUGUUUCUCUUUGUGUCAAAAGGCUGGUAUACACCAACGACCAAGGCGAAGAAGUCAAGGGAGUCUGCUCUAAUUUCCUAUGUGAUUUGCAACCAGGGAGUGAGGUGAAGAUUACUGGACCUGUUGGAAAAGAAAUGCUUAUGCCCAAAGACCCCAAUGCCACCAUUAUUAUGCUUGCAACAGGUACAGGUAUUGCUCCUUUCCGUUCAUUCUUGUGGAAAAUGUUCUUCGAGAAGCACGAAGACUACAAGUUCAAUGGACUAGCUUGGCUCUUCUUGGGUGUUCCCACAAGCAGUUCUUUACUUUACCAGCAGGAAUUUCAGAAGAUGACAGAAAAGGCCCCAGAAAAUUUCAGGCUCGACUAUGCAGUGAGCAGAGAGCAAACAAAUGAGAAGGGAGAGAAGAUGUACAUUCAGACUAGAAUGGCACAGUAUGCUGAGGAGCUAUGGCAGUUACUCAAGAAAGAUAACACCUUCAUCUACAUGUGCGGGCUGAAGGGAAUGGAGAAGGGUAUUGAUGAUAUAAUGGACUCGUUGGCCGCUAGAGAUGGUAUUGUCUGGACCGACUUCAAAAAGUCAUUGAAGAAGGCUGGGCAAUGGAAUGUUGAAGUGUAUUGAUUGAAUAUCCUAGCAUCUCUUCACAAGAACCUCCUUGCAAGGAUCCAUACUUUGUAUGUUUUAUGUAGAUAGGUAGUGUUUUUUUUUGUUGUUGUUGCAUAAUCCGUAUUAAAUUUCAUAGAGUCAGAACUGAGAUAACAAUUCUACAUGUUGCACGAAUUCUCAACUUCUUUUCUUGAUAUUAUAUAGUAUUUCCAUUUUUUCAC